GAGCUGCAGCUGAUGGACAUAGGUCCUGUAUCAUCAACUGAUUCAUUUGGGCCAUGUCACUGGUGUCAUCAUUAAAAGAGUCUGCCUCCAUCCUGCCUUCCCUACAGAAAAACCAACUAGCCUUGGAAGAGACCUGGGCUCUGCAGAAGUGGAACUUGAGGCUGGGGCUAGUGCCAGUAACUUCAUGUGUCAGGUUAGAGAUUUUGAUGCUGUUAGUGAUUUUUCUGCCAAGCAUGUACUGUCACCUGGGAUCAGUAUAUUAUGCUUCCUAUGAAAUAAUUUUUCCUAAGAGGCUAACAAUCCAGGAAAGAGAUAACCCAGUGGAAAAAGCAUCCUAUGUGCUAUUUAUGCAAGGGCAGAAGCACCUGGUUCACCUAAAGGUGAAGGGAGACUAUUUUGUGAAUAACUUUCUAGUCUACAGUUACCACGAUGGCAUCCUGGAGCAAGAAUUGCCUUUCAUUUCACAUGACUGUCACUAUGAAGGCUACAUAGAAGGAGUGCCAGGUUCUUUUGUUUCUGUCAACAGCUGUUCAGGCCUCAGGGGUAUCCUGAUUAAGCAGGGAAAAUCUUAUGGCAUUGAGCCCGUGGACUCUUCAAAGCAGUUUGAACAUGUGUUGUACACCAUGGCACAUCAAGCGCAGGUUUUCUGUAGUGUCACUUCCAAAGACAGCCAAGCGGUGUCCACCAGCUGGCAACGAGGGAGCAGGAAGCCUCAUCAUCUACAGGCACUGUCCUACUUGUGGUCACACACCAAGUACGUGGAGAUGUUUGUCGUGGUCAACAACCAGCGGUUCCAGAUGUGGGGCAGUAACAUCGACGAGACAGUCCAGAGAGUAGUGGACAUUGUUGCUCUGGCCAACAGCUUCACUAGGGGAAUAAACACAGAGGUGGUGCUAGCUGGAAUGGAGAUUUGGACUGAGCAGGAUCUAAUAGAGGUCCCAGUGGACUUGCAGGUUACACUCAGGAAUUUCAAUAGCUGGAGACGAGAGAAGCUCUUCCCUCGUGUGAAGCAUGAUGUUGCCCACAUGAUCGCUAGACACCACCCUGGAGAGAGUAUGGGCCAGGCAUUUCUCUAUGGUGCCUGCUCAAGCAGUUUUGCGGCAGCUGUUGAAUCCUUCCACCAUGAAGAUAUCCUCCUGUUUGCAGCGCUCAUGGUCCAUAAGCUUGGGCACAACCUGGGUAUUCAGCAUGACCACUCGGCCUGCAUGUGUAAGGAUAAGCACUUUUGCCUCAUGCGUGAAAAUAUCACUAAACAAAGUGGCUUCAGCAACUGCAGUUCUGACUACUUCUACCACUUCCUUCGUGAACACAAAGGUGCCUGCCUAUUUAACAAGCCCUGGCACAAAGGCCGCAAGCGUAGGGAUUCCCGCUGUGGAAAUGAUGUGAUGGAAGACCUGGAGGAGUGUGACUGUGGUUCUGAUUGUGACAGUCACCCAUGCUGUGAUCCGACAUGUAGUCUGAAGAUGGAUGCUGAAUGUAGUAAUGGACUCUGCUGCCAUGCCUGCACUUUCAGAAGGCUGGGGUUUUUAUGCCGUCCCACUCAGGAUGAGUGUGACCUCCCAGAAUACUGUGAUGGCAGUUUUGCAGAAUGCCCUGCAGAUAGCUACAAGCAAGAUGGCACACUGUGUGAUAGAAUUCACUAUUGCUCUAGGGGUCAGUGUAAGAACUGUGAUAAGCAAUGCAUGAGUAUAUAUGGGUACCCUGCAAGAUCUGCCCCAGAAGACUAUUACAUUUCAAUGAAUACCAAAGGGGACCGGUUUGGAAACUGCGGCUGCCCCACUACAGCUCAGCAAAGACAUGCUACAUGUUCAGAUGAUAAUAUAUUUUGUGGGAAACUCAUAUGUACAGGUGUUAGAUACCUACCACGAAUCCAAGCUCACCAUACAGCGAUCCUCCCUCACAGACAUGACUGGUGCUGGAGCAUGGAUGCUUUCAAUGGUACUGAUAUCCCUGAUGAUGGAGAUGUGCACUCUUGUGCCCCCAACAAAGUCUGCAUCAAUUAUUCCUGCACUAAUCAUUCCAUACUCCAGUAUGACUGCGAACCAGAGGAAAUGUGUAAUGGGAGAGGAGUUUGCAACAAUUUAAGGCACUGCCAUUGUGAGUUUGGCUUUGCCCCCCCUUAUUGCCAACAUCCAGGAGAAGGAGGUAGUUUGGACAGUGGUCCCCUUGGUGAGCCACUUAAGAAAAAUCUAAGUGGCAGUCAUGUUAGAAGUAACGAUAAAGACAUAAACUUUAAAAUGAUAGUGCUCAUAGUCCCUGUAUUUCUUCUAGUACUACUGUGCGGUCCACUUAUCAUUGCCUACCUCACGUGUGAAGCGCAGACAGUACAGCAUAAAGAAAAGGAGUCUUUGGAUUCAGAGCUGACCAGAGAAGAUAAGGUACCACCAGCAGAGAAAGCGCCCCCAGCAGAAAAGGCCCCCAAACCAAAGGAGGUUCCCCUACCAGAGCCAGCCCCCUCACCAGAGCCGGCCCCCUCACCAGAGCCGGCCCAGGCCCCAGAAGAGCCUGCACCAAAAGAAGAAGCAGGUAAAGGACAGGAAAAACCAAAGGCAGAAAUCUAG